AGGUGAUGAUGGUGCUGAGGUGAUGAUGGUGCUGAGGUGAUGAUGGUGCUGAGGUUAUGUAACUCUGGGUUCAAGCGAAUACCGGCUGUGCAGCACGUGUUCAUCAUUACGGAGGAAGAGCAGCAGCCAAGGCCGGAGGGAAGGCCGAGGCCUGGCCGCGGCUGCACCGACGUGCCUUGGCUCGUCGCCUUCAUGCUCUUCUGGGCCGGUUUGAUCUUCAUCGCCGCCUUCUCCAUCGCGACGGGGGCGGCGGAGCGCCUCGUCUUCGGCUACGACAGCUUUGGGAACACGUGUGGGCAGCUGAACCACGCCAUCCCCGGGGUGGCCCUCUCGGGGCAGGACAUGCGCAGCCGCACGUACGUGUUCUUCCUGGACGCGUGUAACAUCGACGUGGAGCGCGCCAGGGUGGUGUCGCCGGCGCUGUGCGUCUCCCAGUGCCCCCAGGAGGAGCUGCCCACGCUCUCCGCCCUGCGCCUCUUCGCACACGAGAAUGGCUCGGCGCUGUGCACGUACGACCUGGCCCCCGCGGAGUACACCACGAGCCCUGUCGCCCACGACAAGUGCCCGCGCCUGCCCGUCCCCGCCAGUUGGCUGCCGUUCUUCCACCGCUGUGCGCCCAGCUCCUCCAGCUGCUACGCUCACUUCCUGCGUACGCUGGUCGUCUUCUACAACCAGAUGGACGCCUUCCAGAGGGCCAUCGAGGCCAUCACGGCCAACUACCGCGCCGUCCUGGCGCUCUCCUUCCUCUCCCUCGGGCUGUCCCUGGCCAUGCUGCUGGGCCUGCGCCACCUCUCGGCUCUGCUGUUGCGCAUCCUGGCGGCGCUGCUCGUCUUCUCGCUGCUAAUGGUGACGGGGCUCACGUGGUGGAUGUACUCGGACCACGCCGACCUGCUGGCGCGCACAGCCGCCCAGCCGGGCCCCGCGCUGAGCCCGGACGUCGGCGGCCAGCGAGACGAGGACGGCGCCUCCCCGGUGCCGUUCGCCCUCGCCGCGACGCCCGCCAACAGCUCCGUGCCCCAGCUGGGCAUCCUCGAGGACAACACGCUGGCGCUGCUGGUGGGCGCCACGCUGUCCUCCAUCGCCACCGUGUUGCUGCUACUGCUGGUGCUGCUGGCGUGGAGGCGCCUGCACCUCGCGGUGGGGCUCUUCGGCAUGCUGGGCGGGGUGUUCUCUCACCUCCCGCUGCUCAUCCUGCAGCCCGUGUGGACCUUCGUGAUCCUCGCCAGCUUCUGGCUCUGCUGGGUCGUCGUGCUGCUCCUCCUUGGCACGGCAGGCGACCCGGUGCGGACGGCCCAGGGCUUUGUGGAGUUCCGGCUGAUUGGGCCCAUCCGCUACAUGUGGUGGUACCACGUGCUGGGCUUCGUCUGGGUGACGAGCUUUGUGCUGCACUGCCAGCGCAUGGCGGUGUCGGGAGCCACUAUCAGCUACUACUUUGCCCGAGACAAGCAGCGGUUGCCGCCAUACCCAAUCCUCUCCUCCGUCUGGCAGCUCUUCCGCUGCCACCUGGGCACGGUGGCCAAGGGCUCGCUGCUGCUGCCCCUGCUGGCGCUGCCGCGGUGCCUGGUGAUGCACUUGCUCUGCUGCCUUCAGGACAAGAGCAGUGCCUGUGCCCGGUGUUUGCUGAAGAGCUGCUGCUGUCUGGAGGGCCUGGAGAAGCACCUGCGCCAUUUGCACGAGACGGCGUACAUCGCCACCGCUCACAGCGGAACGGAUUUCUGUGCGUCGGCGCUGGAGGUGUUUGAGCUGCUGUCCUCAAGGCCCCUGAGGAUCAUGCCGCUGGUGGCCCAAGGCAACCUCCUCGUCUUCUUGGCCAAGAUGCUGGUGGUGGCCGUGACGGCCUUCUUCAGCAUCCUGGUGCUCAACUUCCAGCCCAACUACCACCUGUGGGUGGUGCCACUGGGCCUCGUGUGCCUGCUCGCCUUCCUGGUCGCGGGCUGCCUGCUCUCGCUGCUGAGCAGCGUGUCCGACGCCCUCCUCGUUUGCUUCCUCCGCGACUGUCGCGGCAGCAGCGACGGUGGUGCUGGCCGGGGUCACGACGCCGACGGCGAGAUCCAGAAAUGUGUGAGCAGAAGCAUCAAGAAGCUGGCAGAGUUGGAUCGACGGAGAAAAGACAGCAAUGAUGCGAGGGAUCAGGCUGUAGAGGAACAGGAAUUGAGGUCGCUGGGUUCACCCAGCGCCACGUGAAGCGCCGAGGCCGGCCCCGUCGCGCCCAGUGGAGGCCCUCGCUCUGCCUUCGCGUCCGCCACCACCGCCGCCCCUCAAGCUGCACCGCACAGAGCCCCGUCUGGUGCUGUCGCGUGGAUUGCACUGAGAAUAACAAAAUAGCAAAGAAAUUAAAACUCAAUCGAAUAGCAUGUUAUAGUUAUACAAAUUAUCAUUUAUUUACACAGCGCCUUUAAUCGCGAGAUCACAAAGCACUGUACGUGUCAACAUUUCAACACUCAAUCCAAAACAAAAUAUAUCGAGGCAAUUUUUAAUGCUUUACAGGACAAUAGAAUUAUGGAAUACAGAUCACACCUAGUCAUUGGUCGAGAGCUACAAGAACGAUGCAAUAGGCGUGAGUCCUCGGUCCUGAUUUAGAAACACCGAGAGGGCCCGAGUCAUGGACACGGCUGUGGGAGGGCGGCCAUUCACGCGUGGGGGUAGAGGGAGCCACGCGUGGGGGUAGAGGGAGCCAACCGCUGAAGGUCCCUAGCCCCCAUAACCAAGGUUACGGGGUUUUGCCCAUCUGCAAAUGUUUAAUCUUAUUGUGUAACGCUGUUGUUUUCAAUGUGCGCGCUUGUGUGUGGGUGUGCUUUUGUUGAGUGUGGUGCCAUUGUGGUCAGCACACUGCACUACUAUCCAAGCAGCUAGAAUGUAAUUCCAUGGAUAAUGGAGGAAUAUGGGACAUGAAGCUGUCCUGGCCACCCCUACCUGGUCAACUCGGUCUUAAAUGAGCGCUUGGUGCGGUGUGCAAUGACACGAGCGCUGGUUCGACAAAGGUGACUGGGCGUGGUGCCGGCCACUCUACCCCAUCAUGCGCUGUGCGAGCUUUCAAUAGGAGCUCACUAGCAAUGCUUGCCCAAUGUGCGAGAAGAAGAACUGGGGAAACGGUUGCAAUUGCGUGUGGUAGUUGCGUGCACACACACACACACGUCGCAAAGCCUCUCACCGCGAGCCCUCCCCCCCGGCUGUAGUCUCCCAUUCAAGUCGGAUAGACCACUGCCGACGGUGGCUUGGGGAGGCCUUCAUCCAGCAGUGAAUUGAUCAUGGCUGAUGAUGAUGAUGACGAGGCCACACUGUGCUUCGUUGAGGUUGAAUGCAUCCAUUUGGCAUCUCUGAAUGCAGAGGUUAGGUAAUAUCAACAAUACACCACUACCUUGCCCAGAUAUUACAGUGUUGUGCUCUGUGUUUUAUGUAAUGGAUUGUCCAUUGAGUAUAUUUUAAGUGGGAAAAAGUUUCUAGACCCAACUCGCACGAGAGUGCUGUGAUACACUACAGUUACAUGCGAUAUUUUUGUUUAAUAUGUGCAGUUCAUAUAAUUACAUUUCUCACCAAGGUGCAGGUAUCUUCAUCUGACAAAGCAGCUCGUCACUCUCAGUGCACUGAUAUUUUCCAUGAUAUCGUUCGCAUCUUUCUAGCAUCUAAGUGCAGCGGCACCUCAACCCUGUACAAGCCAGCGCUGUGCAUCUGGGGGGUGGGGGAAGAGGAGGUGUAGAUACACUUUGUUUGAGAGAAGGGACAUUCAUCGGCAGAGCAGAAGCCUGGAAUUGAACAGGGCCAGGGAGCUAAGAGCGUGGAUGGCUGGGGGGAGAGUGGGAGUCGUUUUAUUUAUAUUUUUACCAAAGGAACCUAUUUAGAACGUAUUUAUUCAUCAGGCCGAGCGAAGCGGCUGCACCGCAGGGUGACACUUUGCGGUGUGGCGUUCCGUGUCCUCUGCUGCGUGUGCGUGAGCCGCCGCCCUGUUGAGGACCGCCGAGGGGAGAGAGCGCGCAAGGUGCGUGGCCGGGUGGCUGGCAACGCGUGAGCCGAACAAGCUGAGCGCCGCGCAGACUCGGGAGGGCUUGGGGCUCCACUCUUGGGGCUCGCAUCACCCAAAGCUCACGGUCCUGGAGCGUUCCAAACCCUCACGUAGUCAAGAAUACGAAACUCUGUUAAACAUUCAGUCGCCAAAAUACCAUUGCAGAGAAGAGUAUAGCUACGUAUGCUGCCCUUUCAUUUUGCAUUAAUGUCCUGCAGGCAUGUAUUCUACCUAUUAUUGCCUUUAGUUAUGAUUUCAAAUAGAGAACGGUGACUGUAUAUUGUCCCUUGAUGAAGAAGUGUACAGAUGUUAACGUACAGGAAGUGACAAGACAGGCCUCCUUGCUGCAAAGGCCUGGAACUGAGUGACUUGGGACGGGUUGCCACCUGCGAGCUCCAUGACACCAGAACUUGCCUUGGGUGCAGGGCCGGAUUCAGAUUGUGUAGGCCCCUGGGCUACAGCCACUGUGAGGCCCACAGUAAUAUUUUCCAAAGGAAAACAAAGUUGAAGAAUAAUAUAAUUUAUUUUUACAAGGCUAACAACAAAUAAAAUUCAGCAUUCACAACUGAAACAACUUUUCACUUCAUCUCUGGAGGCCCUCUCCAGCUGGUGGAGGCCCCUGGGCUGCAACCCCAUACAACCCCGUGCCUUGAUCCGGCCCUGCAUGGGUGGAAGACUCACGACCAGAAGAGGGGGAACGACAGGUUAUAAUGCAUUGGCUUGGGUGAGUGGGGGGUGUUAGGAUUAGUGUGCAACGGACUACAACCGGGACUUUGUAACGUCCCAGGAAGUCUCUGAUUUCCCAGGACUGCAGCUGCCUCAACAAGAGGACAGUCCUCGGAAAACCAGAACAGGUGGCAACCCGAGAUGGACAACAAUGCUGUUUACAAAAUGGUGAACAAAUUAACUCUGCAGUUUGAUCAAACCUUCCUUCCUCGAUAUAUCGAACCAUUUUUAAUGGUGAGUAAUUUUAGGAUCAUGUUUUUAAUGUUUUUUCUGUCGAAGCAUUUAGAGUUGUCUUUUAGAGGUUAAAACAAAGAAUGGCUUUGUACACAAAAUCGUUUGAGGGGAGCUUUGUUUUUGUGAGGUUUCUUGGAAAGACCUCGUGUUGCCGUGGGCCAAAUGAAACCCCACUCUACCAGCUGGGUGGAGGUUGAACCGAGCGAUGGAUACGAUGAUUGUUGUCACGGGAAUUCUCAGUGAAUCUCACGGCGGAGGUACGGGAAUAAAGAACUAAUCACGGAGAGGUCACGGAAUAAGCUGUGGUUAGUGCCUUGCCUCAUAUUUUUUAAUCAAAGUAUUUAU